AGCUACUAUGACAUUGUGACAAUGUGAAACCUGUCUAUAGCAGGUAACAUUACAGGUAUUAAACCAUGUAUUAAGACAAAAGUUAGCAGCCAACAUUACUGAUAUUUUACAUUUUAGCUAAAUGUUAGCCUUUAUGAUGACUAAAGUUAGCAGGUAGCAUUGCUGUAAUAAUAUUAGGGUAUACUAGCAUUGCCACAGUGAACAAACGCUAACUAAACAAAGCUGAAAUUCUGUCAUACACUCCUGCUUUUUGAGACUGUUCAUCACUUAUUCUCUGUGACGGUGGUCACUUUAGUUGGCUUGUAUGAUGACUAUGAUUACCAGCAAUCUUUCUUGAAGUUUUUACAACUUUUCAAGCCUUAAAGUGUAACUUCACCCCCAGGUCUGAGCCUGAUUGCAUAAUUUUGAAAAAUACUAAAAAGUGGGCAAGCGGCUGAGAGGGGGAGAGGUUAGGAAAGGGGGAUAUUAUUUUAAACAGCAGAUGACAGGUUGAGCCAUUUUCAACCCAUGAAGUGCCGAUUUUUAUCAAUUUGGUAUCAGUGCCAAUAUUAACACCAACAUUAGUGUGUUUCAUUACAGUACAGUCAUAUAAUUUAAUUUAUUGCUCAAAAAACGUUUUAGUGUGCAGCACCUCUUUAAUUAGACAAAGUAAAUGAGUAAUAUUAUGACACUUGUUCAUUUUACCUUAACAUUAGCUUUUAUAAUGGAUAAAGGUAGCAUCUAAUCAAUAUGCUGGCUUCUAUCAGCUAACGUUACUAACACGGUACUAUGUUAGCCUGUACAUCGACCAAAGUUAACAGCUAACAUUGAUGUUUAUUCAUUUGGCAGAUGCUUUUGUCCAAUGAUGAUGUACAAAUGAGGUACACUCCAAACUACAGUCAAUCAAGGAGAAGCUGUUGUGAAUAAGUGCCUCUACACUAGCAGAAAUGAUUUUUUUAAGAGAGAAAUCCUGAGAAGGAUGGAGAGACGGAGAAAGAGCAUAUUAAGUGAGUAAUCUUGGAAGAGGUAGGUGUUUGUCUUGAUUUUUUAGGACAGAGGGGAAACCUGCCUGCUGACAUAAUCGAGUUCGGCACCUUGUUUCACCACCAAGGGACCAAACUGGAGAAGAGUUUGGAUUGAGAUUUUCUCCCUCACAGUGACAGAAGGACUAGUUGUCACUUGAACGUAUGAACGAGAAGGUGCAUUAAGCUGAAGGAGCUCAGGUAGGUGGUUGUUGUGCUAGUUGGAGCUUUAGUGACUUGAACUUAAUGCGAGCAGCAACAAGGAGCCAGUGGAGAGUCAUGAAAAGUGGAGUGACAUGAGCUGUUUUUGGCCAGUUGAAAACCAGACAUACUAACAUCAUUGAUAUUUUUCAUUUAUUGACCUAAAUGUCCUGUUGGUUUAAGUUAGCAGUGACCUUUGCUGAUAUUUUACAUUUUAGCUAAACAGUGGUCUUCAUAUUGCUAAAGUAAGGAACUAAUGUUUUACAUUGUAGCCGAAUGUUAGCCUUCAUAUAGGCUAAAGUUAUUAGCUAAUUAGCAAGUAAUGUUGCAGAUAUUUUAGUUUACCUGACUGUUAGCCUGUAUGAUGGCUGAAUUUAGCAGCUAAUGUUACAGAUAUUUUACAUUUUAGCUGAAUGUUAGCUUUCAUGAUGGCUAAAGUUAGGAGCUAAUGUAACAGAUAUUUUACAGUUUAGCUGAAUGUUAGCCUGCAUGAUGGCUACAGUUAGCAGCUUAUAUUACAGAUAUUUUACAUUUUUAGCUAAAUGUUGGCUUUUGUGAUGCAGCUAAAUUUAUUGACAUUUAAUCACUUUCUCUUUACCUUAGCCUUUAUAAUGACCAAGACAUUGUAGCAUUGCAUCAUGUUUUUGUUUUUUUGUUUUUUUUUUAAGACAAACAAGUUCCAGUUAUUAACAAGUUAUGCAAGCCUUACACCAAAAGACGUUUCAAACAGUUUCACUGUUGCAGACAAAUUUCCAAUGUCAGAAUAAAAUCACAAAAGUUUGUGGCAUGUUACCAUCAUCUUGAUCGUUUGGUGUAAGGUGCUCAUUAGUUGUGCUUAGUGUGCUAAAAAUAGUACUUCACCCAAAUGUCAAAUGUCUUGAGAAAUGGACUUCACCCAGGAUUUCUGAUCAUACACGUCAUACUGUUUUUCAAUGACUAUACCAGUAUUAGUGUAGUAACUGCUUGACAUGCAGGGGUGAUGAAAGUCAACAACACAGGAACAUCCUCUUGUGAGAGACAUUAAAACACACUGACAAAGUUUAUACAUCACUUUAUUUCCUCCUCCAGUGUGUUAUGAAUGACACACAGCUGACUGGUGAGUUCUGGAUAUUUACUGUAUUAAAUGUGUAAACUUACAUAUAGUUUUAUUUAUAUUGGAUUACAUUUAUACAUAAUACAUUAUUUAUAUAUAAUUACAUUUAACCUUGUUAUACAUGAUAAAUUACUUUUUUUAAUAGGAAACUUUUUGUGCAACAUGUCAAAGUACAUAUGAGGGAGAGAUUCAUACAUUUUUAGUUUGUACAUACAUUUUCAAAUGCUUUUUUUCACAGCAUUAGUUUAGCUGGUGUAGUAAAAUACUGUUUUCUACUGUUAACUUUGGAAAAAUAGUAGAUAGAGUAGACUGGACUUUGACUGCUGUACUGCUGACAUUUUCAAGUUUAUUUGCGAUAAAGUAGGUGUUCCUCAUAUAUAUUUACAGUUAUAUUUUCUUGGAAUCUGGAUUUUAAAAUCCAAAAUGUCCAAAUGUAGAGUGUCUUUAAAACUUUAAAUUAAAAAAAUACCAUAUGUCAUUCUGAUAACCAACUUUUAUUAAAACUUUAUUUAUCCAGUUUGGCAUUUAAUGUUUUGAUAAAAUAUUUGUUUUAUUAUUUAAUAAAAUAAAAGAUACUUGAGCAAUAUGCUCUUGUGUCUCAUUGCUGUGGAAAAGUGGAACUGGUUCAUGUACAAAUGCAAAUGUUCUCUCUGUUUUUCUCUUUCACAUAGAUUACAUUCUAAAGAAACAAGGAAGACGGUUGAAAAGGGGAAGAGGCAAAUUCUUAAAGUCAUGCUUAUUCAGUCACCUGACCCACAGCUGUUUUGAAUAGAAGCACCAAAACAUAUCUUUUUUUAUAGAUUGUCUUUCCAAAAUUUUCCACCAACUUUAUUUGUCUGUUUUGGAUGGACUAAAGUUAAUAACACAAUUUGAAGAUUUAAUUUGUCAAAAUAAUAUCAGAGUAUAACAAAAACUUCACCAUGACCAUGUUAAACUUCACAACUCCAAUCCCUAGUGGUGGAGGCAGUGGCCAGAGCGACUGCCCACCAGUCGAUUUUCAACUGGGGGGUGUGACUCUGUUACCAGUCCUCACUGUCAUACUGGGGUUGCUGGGAAACAUAGUUGCUCUGUGGAUCUUUUGCUUUAAACUGAAGGCCUGGAACCCCAACAACCUGUUCCUCUUCAACCUGGUUAUCGCCGACUUCCUGAUUCUCGUGAGUCUUCCUCUCAGGAUCGAUGCCUUGCGCAGGGGCCACUGGGUGUUUGGUGAUGGCUUGUGCAGGAUCAGCCUCUUCCUGAUGUAUUCCAACCGCUCAGCCAGCAUUGCACUCAUGACCGUGGUGGCAAUUUACCGCUACUUUAAGGUGGUCCAUCCUCACCACUGGUUCAGCCUUAUGACCAAGAGACAGGCUGCAUACAUGUUAGUGGUUGUCUGGCUGUUGAUCAUCAGUCCUCGGGUUCCCAUACUGACAAACAACCAGACUAAGGUCAGCGGCAACAGCACCCGGUGCUUAUUCUUCACUUGUUCUUCACACAUCGCUCUGAUCACCAUGCACCGCAUCCUGACGGUGGUGGGGUUUAUCAUCCCGAUGGCCAUGCUGCUGUUCUGCACCAUCCGGAUUUCCAGCUUCCUGAGGGAGCGGCAGAUGGGAAAACCUGAAAAAGUGCGCAAGGCAAUGCGGGUGUGCACCGCUAUCGUCGUUGUGUUCAUGGUGUGCUUCUUACCCACCACGGUGACGACCAUCGGGUUGUGGGUCAUCCACUCGUACAACCCACAGGACUGUGCCACCUUCAACAUUUUCAUCAAGCUCACCAUCGUGGCUUUGGGGCUGAACUUCCUGAACUCGUCUCUGGACCCCAUCGUGUACGUCUUCUCCAGCUCAAUGUUCAAGAGGGCACUCUGCAGCUCGCUUCCCCACUUCCUGCGCUGCGGUCAGGACGCAGACGAUGCCGAGAUGACUACAUCCUCAAUUGAAAGUCAGUCGACCACCCAGAAGGAUCUGAAAUCCAUUAGGGUUGAAGCCAUGUAAUAAGCUUUUCUUCAGUAACAAUUACUGCAUCAUGCAGCAAAAAUCCUGUUUUGAUGUCUUUGAUUUUUGUAGUGUUUUGCACUGAAUUGUUUGCUUGUUGUGUGUGUUUUAUUAAUUUUUUUAUGUUGAAGCUUUGUUUUACAUCUGUGAACUUUGUAAAAACAUUAGAUUUUCAAUUAUAAUCAUUUCUUAAAUUCAAACUCAGUGAUGUACGUAAAUAUACUUCAAACUUAUGUGGUUGAACAAAUUACAGAUGUGUGUUUUUAAUUAUAUGUAUUUAUUGAACCUUUAAAAUUUAAAAUUGUCCUCAAAACACCUUGGAAAUUUAGAAAAAUACACAUUAUGUGGCAGUGUCACAUAAAUAUUUUGAAUUAUAUCUUGUUCUAGUACUUGAUUAAAGCUAUGUUUUUUUUAUUUCCACACCAUUCCAUCAAAUGAAAUGUUAUACUGUAGAUUUCUUGUGCAUCAAUUUCGACAAAUUUAUGUAAAUUAAUUUGUAAAUAUAAGGUAUCUUUGGAAAGUUUAGACUCUCUACUGGAACUAGAAAGGUCUGUUGGUUUGAGCUGUGAGUCCUGCAGAGUUUCAGAGGUUAAAUGAGGCCAGGUUUACUGAGAAAAUGGCGGAGGAAGCUGCAGUGAGGCAAACAGGAAAUCUCUAAACCAAAAACUGGCAGCAUUCAUCACUGAAGCCUAAAUGUCUGUCUUAAUACAACUCAGUUAUGAAAGAUCCCGUGCGCGUUACUUCACAGUAGAUGAUGAUGGAUAAUGUGCACCAUCUAGUGGACAGAUGACAGAACUACAAACCAAACCAACUAUCACUAAAUUACUUUGAUACUGAAGAAUCUAAAAAUGUGAUGAUUCUCAGGAAAGUUCUGAAAUGUCUUUUUGUCUCAGAUUUGUGUAUGGAUUUAUUGAGUUUUAUUGGCGAUGGAUAUCGGAGAUAAUGAUACCCUUAGGAAGUGUAGGUCACACUGAAUGAUAUGUGUUUCAUGUCCAUGUGAUAAGAUUUGACUGAAUUAUGACUCCAAGAAGGAGGACGAUUUUUGACCCAAAUCACCUCAUAAACAGUUGGUGCCGCUAAUUCUCCAGUCGGUGCCAUUAAACCAUUGCAGAAAAAAAGGACACAACGUAAUGGCGUCAUUAAAAGAGUGGCAGUCAAACCUCAAACAAUGGAAAACCAUAUGGAAAACAUGCUGGAAAUAUGACAUAUCUAUUUGUUUCAUGUAUUCAUUUGAGGAACGUUACAGUCUCCUCAUCGCUCCACACAAAUCUAAUGUUUUUGUCUCUUCAGUGACACCGAGAGGACUGCAUCCUAAUCUGGAAGUCAGUCAACCACCCAGCAGGAACUAAAAUCCAUGAGGAUUGAUAGAGAGAAUGAAGCCAUGUAAUAAGUUUGUCUUCAGUAAUAAUGACUGGAUCAUGCAGCGCUCUGAAAAAUCCUGUUUUAAUGUCUUUCAUUUUCACAGUAUUUUGCAUUGAAUGAUUGAAAUGCUGCAUCAAAUACCUGAGAGUAAGCAAUUCAUUAACUCUGUAGCAGCUAAUAUUCGAGGCACAGAGCUACCAAAUGCUAACAGACAGACAUAGACCUUUAUAUGUGGAAUACCAUCAAAUGUAGAGCAUCCCGACAUGGACUCUGCCAACACGCUCCCCUGGAUGUGACCUAACACCACUGGAUUAGCUGCAGAGGCUCUCAGGACUUGGUCUAACACUGUCCACAGCUCUGGACUAGCUGCAGAGACUGCCACACCAGCCUUUCCUAAUGACGUACCCAAACGAGAAUGUGUGGAUAAGUGUGAAGGACAGCGCAAAGGACAAUGCAGCCUCCUGUGUCAUGUGGCUCAAAGUACAACUACAAAUGAACUUUCUCCACUGUCUUGCUGGCUGUGGUUGAUGCCAGGUACCGGUUCCAGGUGGUAGAUUUCACUGAUGGAAGGAGCAGUGAUGGAGGCACUCUCGCUGUCUCCCCGUUUGCAGAAGCUCUCCAAGCAAGCAGGCUGGAUCUCCCAAAGGACCUUCCUCAAACGCCGAACAUUUUAGUGCAGCACCACAUGUGGGGUUUGUGGGGGAUGAGGCCUUUCCUUUGCACAAAGACCUCCUGUGACCUUUUCCAGGACGUCAGCUCUCAAGACAGCAGCAUGUCUUCAACCACUGGUUUUCACUCGCCAGACGGAUAGUGGAAAAUGCAUUUGGGAUCCUGGCAGCACAGUGAAGGAUAUACCACAUAGUCAUCGGAGUGUGCCCAGAGAAUGUGGAUAAGCUGGUGAAGGCAAUAGUCAUCCUCCACAACUUCCUUUGAUGGUUUGAUACACCUCCACCAGCCUAGUAUCGUCAUCCAGAGCCUACAAACUGUCUUCCAGAACAUCGCCAGAGUGGGAAGCAGUGACGCAGCUGCAACAGCACUCUGUCAGAGAAAAAUAUGCAACAUACUUUUCCUCUGCUGCUGGUGAAGUGCCAUGGCAGCACAACCUGCUGUAGCAUGUCUGUUUCAAAGGUCCAACUGUUAUUCAUUCUUACAGACUUACCAUGUGCUUUAUACUUUCUACUCCACUACAUUUAUUUGACUUACCUACAAUGCUGAUGUUACUAAUGUUGAGAAAAACUAUUUGAUAUCUAUGAGAGUGUAAUAAAUUCACUUGAGAAAAAAACCGGCGUCACAUACAACUGUUAUAUCAUUGGUUGCGCUUUGAAAGUUCAGUAGCCAAAGUACCAAAGGUGAAAUUAAUUUAACUUUGAGCGCAGCACUUGGUGGCAAUUUUGAGCAGUGCGCCAAGUUGGGCAGCACCGCUCUCCCCAUAGGAAAACAAUGGUACAGCAAGCGUAGUUUUAUCGCUGAUCAUGUGUGGGCACCUUUAGUCCAUGAUUAUUCUCACUAUACAUGCUGCCACUUGGUGACAUCAUCAGAGAGCACAAUAUAUGUUUCCAUAGUUAUGCGGAUGACACACAACUAUACAUCUCUGCUGAACCAAAUGAUCUUGCAGCUAUAAACUCCAUUACUACCUGUCCUCUGGCAAUGAAUAAAAAUAAAAUUUACAUUAAAUUAAAUUAAAUUAUUUAAAGAGGACAAAACUGAAGUCCUAGUAGUUGGCCCCAAAACAAAAAGAGAAAUGCUGUUUAAUAAUCUGGAGAAAUUAACUCCCUGGAUUAAAUCUGAGGUUACAAAUCUUGGUGUUAUUUUACAUUAAGAUCUAAGCUUCAGGUUCCACAUUAUCAAGGUGAGGAAAACAUGUCUUCAUUUCAAACUGCCUUGAUUACUGCAAGGCACUGUUUACUGGCUACACAACACAGUGGUUGUUAGGCUUGAGAAAAAAGGCUGUGGUGUGUGGGUUUUGUAACCCCCACAGCACCACUAAGGUUGUUUUUACCCGGGGCAGUUUCGGGUUGUGUCCGACACAGAUAAGACCCACAUUGAGGUUAAACCCGACGUUCUGGGAUAAGCUGAAAGAGGCUUAUUUAGGUUCAUCAAGACUGGUGGUACAUCUGUGAUCGUCAGGGGCGGAUCUAGAAAAAUAUUUAUGGGGUGGCAAAAGGGGGGCAGGAAUUUUCGAGGGGUGGCAAUGAAUUAAAUCACAGUUUGAUAAGACAAUAGUAGACAUAAUUUACACAAACACUUCUGCUUGCAGGACUUUAUACAUAACUCAAAAACAUGUCUCAUAUGUGGAUAUAAUGGCAUGGGCUACUAUUUACAAACUCAUACAAACUUAAUCUCAUGCAAUCAGUGUUUCAUAUGAAACAGUCAACUGAAUGAGAGAAAGAACUUUGAUGACACUGCUGUAUGUGGGUCAUUAUCACAUGAAAAGCAUUAAGGUAGGACACUGGUGAUGAAUGACAUAUGUGUGAAAGGAAGAAUAAAACUGUGUCAGAGUGGUAGCAUUGCAGG